CAUUCGAAGUUAAUCCAACGGUUACUACAGUCCCGAAAGGUUGUGUUACGAUCUUUUUGCUUGCAUUAAGUUCACAAUGACCGGUCGUGGUAAGGGAGGAAAGGGAUUGGGAAAGGGAGGAGCGAAGCGUCACAGGAAGGUUCUUCGCGAUAAUAUCCAAGGUAUUACCAAACCUGCGAUUCGUCGUUUGGCUCGUCGAGGUGGUGUGAAACGUAUAUCUGGAUUGAUUUACGAAGAAACUCGUGGCGUGUUAAAAGUUUUUCUAGAAAACGUCAUUCGUGAUGCAGUCACGUAUACCGAACACGCUAAGAGAAAGACUGUGACAGCCAUGGACGUUGUUUACGCUCUGAAGCGUCAAGGACGCACUCUCUAUGGAUUUGGUGGUUAAAAACCGCCAUAGAUGCUUGUCAUUUUUUGAUUUUAAACACGGCCCUUUUCAGGGCCACAA